AUGAAAGGAAGAAACCAAACAACUGUGACUGAAUUCAUCCUUUCAGGAUUUUCAAGUCUCCCUGACUUGCCAGUUUUAUUCUUUGCAUUGGUUCUACUCAUAUAUCUGCUGAUCCUGCUUGGGAAUGCUCUCAUCAUUAUAGUCACAUUGAUUGAUCCCAUCCUUCACACUCCCAUGUAUUUCUUUCUCAGGAACUUAUCCUUCCUGGAGAUAAGCUACACCUCUGUCACCAUUCCUGGAAUGUUGGUCAACCACCUUUCUAGGGAGAAAACCAUCUCAGUGUCCAGCUGUGCUGCACAGAUAUAUUUCCUUAUCUCCUUUGGGGGAGCAGAAUGCUGCCUCCUGGCAUUGAUGGCUUAUGACCGAUAUGUUGCAAUAUGCAUCCCCCUGGCAUAUACAGUUGUUAUGAAUAGAGGGAUUUGCUUUCAGCUAGUGGCCACUGCAUGGUUAAGCAGCAGUCUUGUGACUCUACUGCAUGUGGUGUGGAUGUUUAACCACCCUUUCUGCCCUCCUCUGGAGAUUGACCAUUUCUUCUGUGAUGCUCCACCAGUUCUGCAGCUGGUCUGUGGAGACACCCACCUAAUUGAAAUAGAGGCCCUCGCUUCUGCUACAGUAUUUGUUGUGAUUCCUUUUGUGAUUAUACUUUGGUCCUACAUUCGAAUCCUCACUGCCAUCCUGGAGAUGCCAUCAGUUGAGGGGCAAAGCAAAGCUUUCUCCACUUGUUCCUCACACCUCACUGUGGUUGUCUUAUUCUUCAGCACAGCUGGUUUGACAUACUUCCAGCCCAAAUCUAGCAGUUUGGUUGGUUCCAGUAAAUUUUUGUCCCUGUUUUAUACCAUUCUUACACCAUUGUUAAACCCACUUGUCUACAGCCUGAGGAACAAAGAAGUGAAAAGAGCCUUACAGAUAAACUUUGGCCAGAGAGUAUCUUCAUGGAGACAGUUUUGA